AUGUCAUCAUUAGAGAAAAAGAAGAAUGCUCCAUCUCCGUUAUCGGAAUUGCCGAAAAGCAAUUCAUCAUCUACAAUGCGAAAACCCAGCAAUGCUUCACCUCUCCCGAUAUCCUCUCAGUCACCCCAGCGUCGAAAUAACAUUAACUCGCUUUCUCCUAUUCGUAAAACUCGUCUUUCUGAAAGCAGAUCCUGCGGUACAAACAAAAUUCUAGCUCCAGUAAAAGGAAACUUUCAUAACACAUCAAAGAACGAUCAGAAUACCGAAACGGUAAUUCAAAGCAGUGACGAUCCAAAAGAGCUUAUGAGAAAACAAAUAUAUGCUGUGAAUCACAUGAUGAAGAUUAUUGAAAACAAGAAGUGGGAUCUUUUAAAAGAAGGAUCUGUAAAUACACGUGCAAGCUAUACGCUGUAA